AAAAAAAGAAAAGUAAAAGCGGUUCUGCUGCCGCGCACCACAUCGUUUUUUGUUGGUCCUUCGUAAUUGGAUCUACCGAAAUAGAACUUACUUGAGAGCACAGGGUGCCAGUCGGAGGGAAGAACUGUUUUGUCCCCGUGCCGCGGGAAGAAACAACAGUACAACACCAACAAAAGGUAGAAAGGAUCCCACAGGAACCCCGAGUUUCGACAUUAUGCCGGUUUCCGCUCGCUGGGCGGCCGCCGCUGAUCUGUGCUGACUGCGGGAUCGUCUGCUACAGCGUGCGUCGUCUGCUCUUCCAGACUUCAACCAGUGCAAGUCCCAUGUCCCGGGCAAAGUUUGCCUACGAAAUUUCAGCUUUUCGGGCCGUUUCUGCGAUCAAAGUGCACUGAAGCUAACUUUAGUUCUUGGUUGUCUUCGCCAACGGUGGGACCCGUCGUAGUCGUCGAUUUGCGGAGGUGUUUUUUCUUCUACUUCUUUUUUAUUUUGAUUUGCGUUUUCGACCGUUUUCGACAGCCGUCGUCAUCUGCUCCGUGCUGGGACAGGAUUACUGCACCGUUGUCUGCUAUCUUGCUAACACUACCAAGGAACUUCUAGCUCUCCAUUAUUUUGGAACUCAAAACAUGACGGAAUACGGGCUCAGCGAGGAGCAAAUUGCAGAAUUCAAGGAGGCCUUCCUGCUGUUCGACAAGGACUCCGACGGCAAGAUCACGUCGUCGGAGCUGGGCAUCGUGAUGAGAUCGCUCGGGCAGCGUCCCACGGAGACAGAGCUUCGGAACAUGGUCACCAUGGUCGACACCGACGGCAACGGGACGAUCGAGUUCGGCGAGUUCCUCUUCAUGAUGUCCAAGAAGAUGAAGGAGACGGACAGCGAGGAGGAGCUCCGCGAGGCGUUCCGGGUCUUCGACAAGAACGGCGACGGCUUCAUUUCGGCCUCCGAGCUCAGGCACGUCAUGACCAACCUGGGAGAGAAGCUCACCGACGAGGAGGUCGAGGACAUGAUCAAGGAGGCCGACCUGGACGGGGACGGACUGGUCAACUACGACGAGUUCGUGACAAUCCUGACGGCGCCCAAGUGAGGCAGGCUAGGUCUUCUGCACGAGGGAUGAAGACAUUCGGGUGCCUGCCUCCAAGUUCGCGGUCUCAUCGCCACCCAGCAGCGACAGCCCCGGCAGCAGUCUCCCGCCGCACCGUCCGCCCACUUCCACCACCACCUCAUCCAUCCAUGCGAGGACACGCACACACACGCACACACACACGUGACACAUCCAUGCUUAGCGAAUUACGCUUGCGCCACCCGGCUAGAGAGCCUAGAUUUGAGAGUGUUUCCAACUGGUCGGUCGGGGUCGCGUGCUUUAUGAGCCUCGUUUGCAAUCAAAGGUGCGAGGAGAAAGAAGCGUCGAUUGUCCGCAAACGACUCCGAGCUUGACUCGGGUGUCUGAGCCCUCUCCCCUCCUCACCAGGUGAUGGCGCCCGCACGUCCACGAGCAACCAACCUGCGCAAGAAGUGUCCUCCGUUAAAGUGCAAACGCUCCCCCAAUGGUUUCAGUUGCCUCCUCUUUUAGAUCUAGGCUCUCUGUACACCCGGCUACGGAAGGCAGCGCUGAAUAUCGGCACGGCGUCGAACCCCGCAUGGUUUUACCAUUCGUUGAUGUGGUCGGGGUAGCCUUAUCGAUGUCAGUGCCACGCUGCCUUGCCCUUUCCAGCGUGCUACGACUCUGGCCCAGCUAGCGAGUCACUCCCCUAUCCCCCGCCCUUCUUUUGAUUUGUGUUUCUUGUUCCCAACCUCAGAGUGUUAUUAUGUGAUGGCAAUCAAUCGAUAAGGAUCAUCUUCGUACACCGUCCUCGGUCUACUAGUAGCUGCGAAAAUAUAGGGUGUUUUCGUAGGUGUCCCGCUACGCUGUCCGGAACCCGCUACGAGAUUCGGAGCUCUCCUGCAGGUGAGGCUAAAGGGGUGUCCAAACAGGAAACCACAAAACUCACGAUUUGUCGGAGUCGUGCGUCUUGUCGUGUCCUGUUUGGGCACCCCUUAGCUUGGGCAGUCGUUGUGGACACGUAGUAGCGGAAGCGGAGAAAUGGUCUACGAAAACUCCCUAAUAAAAGAAGGUGCUUUUUGUUCACGGAGCCUAUCCAUUCGGGUGAGAAGGGUUUGAUCAACGAAAGGUGUAAGUUAUGAUGGGAGGGUGUGAAAGGGACACAAGGUGAUUGUAAUCUGCUCGCUCUGUUGGCGCUCCCUGUGCGACUAUGUGCACCACGCUACAAUUGUUGUCAACGCGGGGGAGGGGCGUACUCCUUCAAUUCGUCAAAUGUAUGUGCCGGCGUUCUUCGCAUUUUGUUCCGGUUAGAGCGACAGUAGAGUUGUAGUAGACCGUUUCGAUACCCCCGAUAACAAUAGGAUGCAUGCUCAUAGGCGGCGGCGGAGUAUCGGGUAUCGUUAACGGAGUCAUCGAACGAUCUAAAACUCUCAAGUAUCGAUAGUUUGUGGCUAGUUUUAUUUUCAAAGGGGGUAUUCACGUGACGUCAUGUUGACGGAUGCGUGCCUACGCGGGCUGUGAUGUAUUGUAUCGCGACAACGACGAGAUUAGGGAGUUUUAGCGCAUCGUCCUUAUACGUCUGACAACGAUACUCGAUAACGAUAGGAUGUACGUGCAAAGAUACCGGCGUACUAUCGGGUAUUGUUAUCGGAGUUAUCGGGUCCGUGAAUACCCUCUCAUGGAAACGCAGGUUGAAAGCCAUUCCUUCCAGAACAUUAAUGAAGGCAGGCUUCACCCGCUUUCUUGAAGCGCUUGUUCUAUUCUUUUAUCACCAGGAAUGAUCAGAUCUGAUGACGACUACUGUCAAAUUAAUAUUUAAUAGAGAAGAGACGAACAAUGUUAUUGUUUCCAAAAACCUUCCAAUGUGGCAUAUCUUUUUUUUUUUUUUCGUUCUUUCCAUUUGAAUUUUGCAGACCGGCGUUCUAUGGGGCUAUUUCUCAACGAUAAACGAGACGGGGACGAAACGACGUCAAAGCAUUAAAGUGCUCUUUGUGAUCGUGCACGUUCUCGCCUUUUACGGCUAUGAGAAUCUCAUCGCAGUAUACAUUGUUGCUUCGGAGUGUUUUGUGUUUCCGAUACUUUUUUUUUUUCAACCGUUUGUUUUAUUUCUGCAUGUACAAACUUUUUCCCCUUUCCUUUUUGCUCCCUCGCAGUGCGCGAGGAGACAUAAAUAAAGGAACAUGUUUCAAGC